AGGAGAGAGAGGAGGAGACUGGAAGCACAAGAGAGGCUAAGCACGAGCGCAACUACCUAACUGACUCGCGGACAGCUGCCAGCAGAACCCCAGCGCUGCUCACCAAGGCGCGGGGAGCUGCGGUGAUACUCGUAUGCAGGCGAUUGCUGCAGUCUACGUGCUCCCCCUCCUCGCGAGGAGUCUGGGGAGCCGAGGCCGAGAGCGAUGUGCCCGCGCUCCACCCCCGCCACGGGCCCCCCGCGCAUCGGCAGCGGGGCCCGGCAGGGCACUGUGGGGGCAGCGGCUGCUUGAUGCUUGACUUGUCCGAGCGCGCGCGGGGUGAAACGGCAACCGGCAUGGCAGAGGAGAGGAAGGGGGGGGAAGAAUUUUCGUGGAGAGAGCAGUGGGUGACAUGGAGCUCGAAACUCAUUAUCAAAAAAUCCUGGCUCACCCAAUUCGAAGUGGCCGACGGAUACAAGCUGCGAUGUAAGGACCGCGGGAGUGCUCCUAACUUUGUGAACCCUACCAGAUGCCUCGGAUGGCAGGACGAAGGGCGGCCUGGCAACAGCACGGACCUGCAGCAUGCCAGGGCCGCACCCCUUCAGCAGUUCGUGGCCGACCUUGGAACAUGAUAGCCAGUGGGCUCCCAACAU